AUGGCGGGUCAGGAUCGAUGGGAGCGCGCUGUGCUCAGCGGUCAGUCCGCGAUCGCUACGGCCCUCAUAUGCAUUGUCGUGCUCGUGACCCUGCCGCUCCUGAAGAUGCUGGUCAGGCUCGGGGCCCUUGUGGGUCUGGCGAGUUUGUACAUCAACAACCCUUGCCGAGAGCCCUCCACGCACCACAAGGCAUGGGAGAUGCUCCUGGCGGAGCGCAGACGACGCAUCGGGGAGAGAAACGCAAAGGACGUGAGUAACCUCAACGUCAUAUCGCUCAUCAAGAACGCCGUAAACGACACCACGGGCCUGAUAUCCGGCCAGCGGGUAAUGUGCGACUUCGUGUUCUUCUCCUUCGCGUACAUCGACAGCGAGUCGGGGGUUGACGCCGAGUACUUCGCGUUGGGGGCGAUGGGCAGUUGGAGGAUCGUGGAGAUGGCGGUUCUGAGGAGGCUGGCGAGUAGUUUUGCGAUGGGUUUAGACGGGAUGGCAUCGGGGAUAGGUGGUGACGGGGGGACAGGCAGCAGGGCGGAGCCUCAGGGUUGAGAGAUUGUUAGCUCGUGUCCAUAACGCACAGGUGUAUGGGGGAAA